UCCAAGGAACAAUUCUGGAAUCGGCACAAGUUCACCGAAACACGGAACUCGAUAUCUUGUUGACGCUGAAGUGAAGAUCGUCGAAUCAUUUACAGGAAAGAUGCGGCUGUUCGUCACAUUUUGUACGCUAUGGUUGAGCUGCCUUGCCUUAGCAGAUGCCGGCAAUUUUAACAAAGUAGUUGCUUACAUGGGAAGCUGGUCAAACUCUAGACCUGGUGCAGGAGCAUUCAACAUAUCGAAUAUAAACGCAAGUUUGUUGACCCACGCGAUAUACGCGUUCGGUUACAUUUCCGAUGGUGGUGAAAUCCUGAUUGAGGACGAGUAUAGAGACCUCUCCACAAACGGUGGACUGGGUGGGUACGACGAAUUCAACGCCCUUCGGAAUCAGAACCCCGAAUUGAAGACCCUCUUCUCGAUUGGUGGAUGGACCGCGGGUUCCCUAAACUUUUCUGAGGUGGUUAGCAGCUCUACACUGAGGUCAAACUUCGUAGAGAACGCACGCGAAUUCGCGCUCAAGUACGAUUUUAACGGUAUCGACAUCGACUGGGAGUAUCCGGCUCAGCGUGGCGGUGCUGAAACGGAUUACGAGAACUUCGUUCUUCUCCUGGAAGAACUUCGCGCGGCCUUCGACGAGGAGGGUUUACUUUUGAGCGUGGCAGUAGGAGCUUCCCAAUCAAACGUGGACUUGUCGUACAAUGCUUCAGGAAUAUCAAACGCAGUUGACUUUAUCACUCUUAUGGAAUACGACUUCCAUGGGUCCUGGGACAACCUCACAGGCCAUAAUACACCUCUCUAUGCCGGGUCAUGGGAAACAACAGCAACCGAGCAAACUCUCAACAUCAACGCAUCCGUGCAUUAUUGGCUGGAACAGGGAGCAUCAGCUGAAAAGCUUCUCCUUGGCACUGCAUUUUAUGGAAAAACGUUCACUCUAACUAAUUCCUCCGAAACUACGCCUGGAUCACCGGUUAAUGGGGUCGGCAAUGCGGGACCGUACACUCAGGAAAACGGAACGUUGGCUUACUACGAGAUUCUCGAAAAGUUUCAAGAAGGAAACUGGACUAAAGUUUUCGACGACGAGCAACAGGUGCCGUAUGCCUACUGCGGUGAUCAGUGGCUCACCUACGAUAAUCCCAGCAGUCUGGAUGUAAAAGCUGCCUUCGCAAAGGAGAUGGGAUUAGGGGGUUUCUCGAUUUGGGCAAUCGACUUGGAUGACUUCAGCGGCCUUUACGGGGAAAAGUACCCUCUACUAAAUGCCCUGAAUGCGAAUAUCGAUGACACUAGCACCAGCAGCUCUAGCAGUACCUCAGACUAGAAUAGUUCUGAGCUUCAGAUAUUUGAAUGACAUGCACCAUUUCAUCAUCAGUAUGCAAUUACAUGUACAAAUUAAACGGAUUAAUAUUCUUG